AUGGCGUUCGAGGGCAUCGCCUGCCUCGUGCUGGUCGCCAGCUCUGCCCUGCCGCUGCAGGCCCUGACGCUGCACGAGGCCGACGAGGCGCUACUCCGGCGUGCUGGGCAGGGCGCCGCGGCGGGAGAGGCUGGCAGGCGCAGCGGUAUGAUAGACCUCCAGCACCUCGUUGACCAGCACGCCGCGUCCGAGGUCGAGCUUCACGCCCGUGCGGCCGAGACGUUCCGCAAGUUUGCCAGCAAGAUGGCCAAGAGCGGGUGCAACUACAAAGGGGGCCUGCUGCCGUGUCCCAACGGCCACAUCUGCCACUACACGGGGCAGAACGGCGUGAGGUCCAACGCGACUGUGGAGUACCGUGGGAACAUCAUCCGGACGGUCUUGUCCCCCGAUCCCGACCAGGGACUCGAUCAGCCAGACCUCGUAACAUUCAUGGGGGCCAGCACCGACGACGCUCCUGCAAUGCUGACGGAAGUGCCAGAGGAAUACAGGAGAACAGCGGACCCCGUGAUGUUGAAGAUGUUUUUUAUUGAGGAUACUGAUGAUGUGACUGAAGAGUGCCCUCAUGACAGUGAGCGCGUUGAGACCAUGGGCGACAGCACCGUGUCGUACUCCAUUAACAGCAGCACUUUCUCGGUUGAGACGCGAGAAGCGACCACCAAUAAGUUCAUGGGCAUGUCGUUUGAUUUCGUCAGCGAGGCACCUGUGGGUCACACCCUGGCCUUCGAGAUCCCGGCUGGGACGCAGAUCGUCUGGGUCACCCGCGAAGAGAUGGUGCAGGUGCUCCAGACGCAGGAGUUGCCCGCAUCCGCCGAGGCACGGUUGGAGGCGCAAUUGCGCAGGGUUUAUCAGUAUCCUGGCAGUGUCUAUCCUACACAUGGUAUUGACGACGUGCUAAUGCAGAAAGGAAGCAGGAGGCGCAGGCGCAGGCAGUCAUCGUGUUCAGACUCAGAGACAGGGGCGAUGAUCGGAGGUGGCGCCGCCGUAGGCGUGGGUUUCUUACUCUGCGCGUUUACUUUCAUUGGCUGCUUCGUGGGCGCGCCGUUCUUGGUAAUGGCCGGGACGACGUCCAUUACGAAUGGUGCUUGCAGCUGCUGGGCAAGCAGUACUGCGGGUCAGACCGCCUGUGGAUUGCGGUGA